CUAGUUUGCUGGUUGUUUUAUGUCUGCUGCAGAGUUCCCCACAUAAACCUGAACUAAAGAUGUUGUCAAGAAAUCUUGUAAUUGCUUCAGUGGCUGUUGUCUUGUUGGCGUCCACUCUGUCAGCUGCUCCCGUUGAAGAUAAGGAGCCGGAGGAGAAUGACUUUGAGGCAGAAGAGGGUGAAGAAGAACUGUCUGAGGAGGAUGAGGAUGACGAUGACUCCAAAGGUCAGCAUAUGAAGGGAGCUGGAUCACAGCAGGCGACUGCAGCACCCAAAGGCUUGGGUGGUAUGACUCCUUUACCUGGCAGCUCUGUUGUGGGCGAAUCUCCAAAUGGUCAGAAACUUAAUGGUGGCACUCAAACUGGCCAAGUUUCAUCAAGCAGCGCAUCAACAUCUUCAGAAGGAUCAAAUGGAAGUAACGGUAGAGACGGGUACUCUCACCCACCUGGCUCAAGUUCUCAUCAUGACGCAAGUCAAAAUGGACAAGAUGCGUCCAAAUCAGAGAUAGUUUCUCCAGGUGUAGCUGGAGGCGCGGGUGCUAAUGGAGGUUCAGGAUCUAAAGUCCUUGGCACUGACGGGGCUGUCCAUUCAAUUUCCAUUUCUGUUGUGUCUUCAGGUCAAGGGUCAUCAGGCCACAUAUCAGCAGGUCAUGUGUCAACAAUGUCAUCAAGCCACGCAUUUGGCCGACCUUCAUCAGGACAGACGUCAGGUGGUGUGGGUGUAGUUUCCUCUGAGGUCCAAUCCCAGCCGGCAGAGGGAUUAUCUGCACAUACAGAUGGCUCGCAGUAUGAACAUGGUGAAACGGGUGAAGGAUCUCAAAUCGAGCCUCCAGAAAUCCCAGAGACAGAAUCUAAUGGUAAUGGACACAAACAGCUGAUGAAUGGAGGAGAUCCGGGAUUCACAGGCUUGGAUCAUUUUAUAGCGGGCACAUCUCAGAUACAAACAACAGGUGGUUUUGAUUCAUAUGGUGCAAGCCCUCACCUGGAAAUGACAGGCAUAAUAGACCAGUCAAGUCAUGACAUUCUUGUUGGCUUAUUGGGUGGGAUGGGUGACAGCUUAGGUCCAGAAACUCAGACAGAUGGGUUAGGUACGCUAAUAGACCUAUUAGACACACCCCCAGACGUUCUGCCCACAUGCCUAGUAACUGACGCUGUCUCAACAGAUCAUAUGGGACUCGCAUUUCACGUGGAUUCCACAGCACUUGGUUUGGGUCCAGGGCACCCGUCCAGUGGCGAUUUGGUUCUAGAUACUCUGCCAGACACGCCAGGACCAGAUCACUCGUCAUUAGACAACGGACAUGGUGCUUUCGCACACUCUAUCAGUACAUCUGACAAUCGUGUGCAGUCAAGCUCACCAGCAGAUACAACAGAUUCAUUAUUAUUGGAUUCAAUGACACAUCUGGAUCCUUCCUUCAUAGACUACUCAGAUGGUGGGGUGGAUAAUGGCGCAGACUCACCUUAUAUGAAUGUAAACGGUCGUCACAAACCAGUGGCAGAUGUUCAGAAAGGUGACUCUCCUGGCUCCACCAUUCUUGAAAUGAGCGGAACAAGCCAUCAGGGUGUUGUUACGGAGACACAUCACACAGCUGGUGACCAGCAUGCUGCCAGCUCACAUGUAGUUAGCACCCUUGAUAUAAAUGACCAUACCCUCAGCCCAUAUGCUGACACAACUGGCCUUGACAGUGUCACAGGUGCGAUCGCACAGACAGAUAUGGCAGGGGCAGCAGGUGAACUGGUGACCGAUGGAAACACAAAGACAGACAUGUCAAGACAUGGACAAUUGGGUGUCACCGAUGGAAUGCCAAAUUAUACAGAUUCUGCGCAUGCGACUGGGACUGACUUUACAGAUGCUUCACAGACACAAAGCAACAUAGUUCAAACAGACUUACCGGUCACAGGUGAUCUAUUUGCAGUUUCCUCACAGACAAAUGCCACUGGCACAGCUACAGCUGAACCUCAAGGGACUCUCGGGGGUCCAAGCCAACCUGGUGCUACGGAACAGACACAGCCAGCUGUAUCAGCAGGUGAACAGUACCACACAUCUGGUCAGGGUCCUGAAGGUGCAGAAAAUGUGGAACUGGAAGAUACCUGCUGACUUCCACAUGAAGCCGCGAGUGAAGUUUCUGCGCUACAGAUUUCAGUGUACAGACCAGUCCACCUGGCAGAGGAACCAUGAACCUGUCCACUAGACUAUAGCUCUCGUUUGUGUGUCCAUUUGUUUUAUUUUUGACUAUUUAAACAUUCAGAGGAUACUGUAAGUUAACUUUUUAUUUCACCUGUUUAUAAAAAUGCCCUGUAAUUAUUGUAUUCAUUGGCAAGACCAAGACAGAACAAAAAUUUAAAUCAACUUUUGACAAAUUAAGCUUAAAUGACAAAUAUUAUCUAUUAAACAUUUACAAAGUAAACACAUUGUAUAAAUUCAAUGGAUGUUUAUUCCCCAUAAUGUCGCUACUGUAUUUUCUCGCCUAGAUGUUUGAGCAAUAUUCUUUACAAAUUGUAUAUUGCUAAAUGUCAUUUGAAAAUAAUCUACAUUAAAUUGAACAACUAUUUUGAACAU